CACUCUUUCUCUCUCCAAAGCUGAGGCCCUGGCUCAAUUUAUUCCCCCUACAACAUGUUUAGGAUUAAGAGCCACCUUGUAUUCCAGCUCUAUUCACACUUCUCCCUCAUACCCCUUCUUUCAGGUCAAGCUUUAGCAAUUCAAGAGACGAUCCCCAAUGAGAUUCAGGAGCUUCAAGCAAAAGUGGAGAAGCUGGAAGAGCGCCUAGAACGUGCCAUCUCUGUCCUGCCUUCACCCCUGGAACCCACCCAGCUUAAGGAGUUGUGGAGUCGCCUUCAGUACCUGGACCAGGUGGAGUCACUCAGCGACCAGCUCCUAUUCCUUGAAGAGAAACUGGGAGACUGUGAGUAUCCAAAGGACCAUGGAGUAUUAAAAG